GCGCAGCAAAACGCUCCACGCCUCGCUUGGCGCAGCCAGACCGUGUGCAGCGACCGCCAUACAGGUGGUCGCGCCGGUCCCCGCCACGAUGUUGACCAAAGUUCUCCUGAUCCUCCUGGGCAUGUCCAUAAUUCUCCCUUCGAGGAUUGAGGGACCUCAUGUUGAAUGGGAGAAGGGACCCUCUGCCCCUGAUGAUGACGUCUAUGGCCCCAAGCCCCAGGCUUCCGAAAAGAAGCUCCCCUCUGAAGAAACAAAGCCCGCUGCUAUUGGUACCCAGGGCACACUUGGCAAACUGCCAGCAGCCACUCAGAUCCUGAACAGUAUCCUGAAUAACUAUGACCACAAACUGCGCCCUGGCAUUGGUGAAAAGCCAACUGUGGUCACUGUGGAGCUCUCUGUCAACACCCUUGGUCCCAUCUCUAUCCUGGACAUGGAAUACACCAUUGACAUCACCUUCUACCAGACCUGGUAUGAUGAACGCCUCCGUUACAAUGGCAGCUUUGAGAGCUUUGUCCUGAGUGGCAACAUGGUGAGCCAGUUAUGGAUCCCGGACACCUUUUUUAGGAAUUCUAAGAGGACCCAAGAGCAUAUGAUCACCAUGCCCAACCAGAUGGUCCGCAUCCACAAGGAUGGCAAGGUGUUGUACACAAUUAGGAUGACCAUUGAUGCUGGAUGCUCACUCCACAUGCUCAAAUUUCCAAUGGAUUCUCACUCUUGCCCUCUGUCUUUCUCUAGCUUUUCCUAUCCUGAGAAUGAGAUGAUCUACAAGUGGGAAAAUUUCGAGGUUGAAAUACAUGAGAAUAAUUCCUGGAAGCUAUUCCAGUUUGAUUUUACAGGAGUGAGCAAUGAGACUGAAACUAUCUCAACCCAAGCUGGUGAUUUCAUGGUGAUGACGCUUUUCUUCAAUGUGAGCAGGCAUUUUGGCUUUGUUACCUUUCAAAACUAUAUUCCUUCUUUUGUGACCACAAUGGUCUCCUGGGUUUCCUUUUGGAUCAAGAAAGAGUCUGCUCCUGCCAGGACCUCUUUAGGAGUCACCUCUGUACUCACCAUGACCACACUGGGCACCUUUUCCCGGAGGAAUUUCCCACGUGUCUCCUAUAUCACAACCUUGGAUUUCUAUAUUGCCAUGUGCUUCUUCUUCUGCUUCUGUGCUCUGAUGGAGUUUGCUGUGCUCAACUUCUUGACCUACAGCUGGAGAAUACCCCGUGCUUCUCCAAGACUUCGCCAUCCUCGUCCCCGUGCCCUUACCCGUCCCCAUGCCCGCCAGCAUCAGGAGGCUUUUGUGUGCGAGAUCGACGACUCUGAGGAGAGUGAUGAAGAGGAGGCCCCAUCCUGCCCAGCCUGGCAGUCCCUCAGCCCACGUAGCACCCGGCGCCAUGGCGGCUGCUGCAGGUGGUUCAAGAAGUACCUCUGCGUGGUCCGCAGUUGUAAGGGCAGUAUCUGGCAGCAGGGCCGCCUCUUCAUCCACAUCUACCGCUUGGAUAACUACUCGCGAGUUGUUUUCCCAGUGUCCUUCUUUUUCUUCAAUGUGCUCUACUGGCUUGUUUGCCUUAACCUGUAAGUACCAGCUGGUACCCUGUGAGGUAGCCUUCCUAGUUCCCCAGGAGGUCCUGCACCCCUUGCCAAGGGAGUUGGGGGAAAGCAGCAGCAGCAGGAGCAACUAGAGUGUCUUUCCUUCCCCAUUCCCCAAAUAUAAGCCUGCAGAGAACUGGUCUUUGCUGGCCCUCUUCCCUACCUGGCCCAUUCACUGAAUCUCCUUGGCAGCCCCUUUCAAGUAAAAUGAGCCACCUCUCUAUUCUUCAAGGGGCACUUAUGAUGCUCAGGCUUAAAAAUCAUAGGCUCUCGGUGACCAGCUCCUUAAGACCGUGCCCGUAUAUGAGCAGAUUAACUAUCUCCCAACAGUGCUGACCACGACUGCCUUUUUCCAGAAACCCAAUACUGCCUUUGUGGUGCUCCAGGCCCAGCUCUGGCCUCAGCCUCAAAGUGCACAGACCAGCUGCUUGCCUGUUCCUGACACCUCCGUAAGAUGCUGGGCAGCAGUGUAACAGGGGAUGGGGACCCCCAUACUUAGCUCAGAUUAUUAUAUUCUUGGUUCUAGCUCCCUGCCCUCCCUUCCCCUGCAGAUAGACAGACACUUGCAUUAUCCUUUAGGAGAGGGGAGACAGCAAUUGAGCCUCUUUGGGACAGUAUCCCUCCCUCUGCUGCUGUGACACCUCCUUCUCCCCUGCCGCCCGCCUCCAUCUCUCAUCUGCACCACCAAUCCAAUGCUUGCAUCCAGUGGGUAUCUAUUUUAGUGUGUGAUAAUAGUAAUGACCCCCUGCUUUGUAUGCCACCUUCUUCCUCCUUCUUGACCCCUGUGACUCUUUCUGUAACUUCCCCAGUGACUUUCCCAGCCUCAACCCAGGUGCUAGGCCAUGGUGACUUCCCAGGGCCAAGAAACUAAGAGAACUCUGCUUUGCAGCAGGCAUUACUUGCAUUGAUUGGUGCCUACCUAAGGCACAGCAUAGGAGUUCUGCCACUUUCUUGGCCCCUGGACCCAUGAGCCAGUCCACUCUUAUCCCUGGGGCACUCUCACAAUCACAAUCAAUCAAUUGAACUCCCUUAAAUUUGUACAGCACUUUACCUUUUGCAGAGCACUUUUGACAAAUUAUUUCUAUUUUGAGCCUCACCAUAGCCCUGUGAUAUAUUCAGGGCAGGAUUCUUAUCCCCAUUUUGCAGAUGAGAACCCUGGGGCACAGAUUUCUAUGGGACUGGGGAUCUCACUGGAAACUACCCAUGAGCCCACUGUCACCUUGUAGACCACAUGACAGGGCUCGGCAGCUCUGUUCACCAUGAUUCAAUUCUAUAGCCUCUGCUGGCACCCCAGUGGCAUAGCCCAGAGUGGCAGCCUCUCUUAAGCAUUGGGCUGCUCAAUUCCUGGGCCUCAGGUGCUCAGACUGCCCCCAAGAUCGAGCCUCUCCUGGCUCUGGUAACCCAGUGAGGUGAAUUUGGACAUGCCCCAAUGCUUGUAUAUGCUCAAUGAAAUCUGUGUCUGUAUUUUACUGGGGUGGUGGGUAGGGUGUGGGAUCCAUCUGCUUUUUGUCACCAUCACCUGAAAAGGGGAAAUAUGUCAAUAAAUAUAUCA